GUUGAUUUUCUAAAAUAAUUUUUUUUUUAAAUUGUUAUUUUUAAUAAAUAUGACAACUAAAAUGGACCAAGAAAGUAUCAAAUCAUAAUGAUAAGUUUUGACGUUUUAUCGAGUUAUUGUAAUAUUCGAGAGAGAAGAUAAUAUUUAGAGAAAUCAAAAAGUUUGAAGAAGUUGUUUGGUUUUCCAAUGAGACUACUUGUUAGUAUUUAAGUAACUCGUUAAUUAAUCAGAUUAACUAACUCAUCAUUUUGAUCAAAUGGCAAAUGAAUCGGCCUUUGCUAUGUCUUGCGAUGAUUUUUACUUCUCACUACUUUUUGACGAAACCCAAAAUGAAAUCGGCGAAUCGUCUCUAAGUUUCUGCGAGAUUUGUGCAGAGAGAAAAGAAAUUGAUGAAAUGUUCACAAUUGAAUCUUGCAGCCAUGUUUUUUGUGCUGAUUGUAUUAACAAGCACGUCUCAAUAAAAAUCCAGGACAAAAUUCACGUUGUGACAUGUCCUGGUGUAGCUUGCAGGGGAAUUCUCGAUUUUGAGACGUGCGUUUCAAUCAUACCUAAAGAUGUACGUGAUAGUUGGGACGAAUUGUUGUGUGAAUCGCUAAUUCUCGCCUCGCAGAGAUUUUACUGUCCAUAUAAAGAUUGUUCAGCCAUGCUAGUGAACGAUUCGGAUGAAAUAGUUAGGGAAUCGGAGUGUCCUGUUUGUCGGAGAUUGUUCUGCGCGCAAUGUUAUGUGCCGUGGCAUUAUGAUUUUCAAUGUGAAGAGUUCGGGAGAAUGAAUGUGGAGGAAAGAGACGGAGAUGAUUUAAUGGUGAUGGAAUUAGCAAAGGCGAAACAGUGGACUAGAUGUCCUUAUUGCAGAUUUUUCGUCGAGAAAACAGAGGGAUGUUUGCAUAUGACUUGCAGAUGUGGAUCACAGUUUUGUUAUAAAUGUGGAAUAACUUGGAGAAAUAAUCAUGCUUGUUAAUGCAAUACUUUUUUUCAAGUACUUACUUAUAUUUUGGAUGAGGAGAAAUGUUGGAUUCAACAUAACUAGAGGAGAAAUAUUUGAUAUGAUGUUUACAUGGUAGUUUUUUAUUAAAUAGGAAAAAAUUGUAUCGUCUGUUUUAUAACGUUCUUAUGUCUAGUUUAUCUAUGUGCUAUAUAUUUCAUUAAUCACAGAGAGUCCAUCCAUCUCAUUAUUCACUGAUAAUGAAGUUUUUGCAACCUCAAUUUGGUGCGUGGAUGGUUUGAUUUUGGGGGCCCAACAU